CCUCUCCGCCGUGCCGAGAUGAGCCUCUCCCACCACCGCCUCCACCUCCACCUCCCGCCCGCCGCUCCGCCGGCGGCUGACCCCUACUACGUCUACGCACCGCACGCGCACCCGGACCCACAGCGGCAGGGCGUCGUCACGCUCUUCGUCGCCGGCCUCCCCGACGACGUGAAGCCCCGCGAGAUCCACAACCUCUUCUCCCGCCGGCCCGGCUUCGACCAGUGCCUCCUCGAGUACACCGGCCGCGGCAACCAGGCUGUUGCUUUUGUGUCAUUCUUCACCCAUCAUGCGGCCUUGUCGGCAAUGGCUUCGUUAAAUGGAUCUGUUUUUGAUCCUGAGAGUGGUGAUUGUUUGCACAUUGAGCUAGCAAAGUCGAAUUCACGCAAACGUCAUGGAGGCGGUGGGGAUGGGUACAGAGUUAUUGACAAGCGAGUACAUAGAACAGAGGAAAAUUCUGACAAUGACAACAACGGCGAUGAAGGUGGUGAUGAUGUAUCUGCCGAUGGUGAUGGUGGCGACAGUAAUGGGCAGGGUGGAUCUGAUGAAUCAUUGGACACAGAAAAUGAUAAUUCCAGCGACAAGGAUGAGUUACCUGCGGAUCAAAGUGGUGAAUUUGAUAUCAAGCAGCAGAAGCGGCAUUCUUCUUCAAAUGGUCAACCAGACAAAACUUCGACUGAAACUCCACCUUGUUCUACUUUAUUUCUUUCAAAUUUUGGAAAAGCAUGCACAGAAGAGGAGCUAGAGGAACUAUUGUCUAAGCAACCUGGAUUUCAUGUGCUUAAAAUGCGUCGUCGUGGUGGAUUGCCUGCAGCAUUUGCUGAUUUUACGGAUAUUGAGUCCUCUACAGCUGCUAUGAAUAACCUCCAAGGCACCAUCCUGCCUUCUUCCGAUAGUGAUGGUUUGCAAAUCGAGUACGCAAGAUCGAAGAUGAGGAGUAGCUAGCUCGCAAUCGCUGUUGUUCUUGGAUUGGCGUGGCCUCGAGCCAUGGACUAGAAGCUAGAAUCGGCCCCCCUUGCACAUGUAAUUGCCUGCCUGGCUUGUAGCAUCUGGAGUUCAGUUUGCAGUAUUCUUUGUCCAUGUAUGAGAACUAAGAGCUGUUCAUUAGUCCUGUGCUAGAUGUUCGUACUAUUAUUUACCAUCUCUUAGCAUAUAUUUCGCAUGAUCUUGCCAUUGCACUGUUUGGCUGGAGACUGAGAG